UCCAAUAACUCGCCACUUGUUCGCGUGCUUUCUUACAGCUUGAACAAAAUUCACUCCAGACUUGUCUCAGGGCUUGUGAAUCGUUUCUUAGUAUCCUGAGGUAUCCUGAGUUGACUUGUAUCUUCGACGUGUAUCCUUUUCAUCUCAUCUCUAGUUCUUACGUUUGGCCCAAGCUUAAAUACCAGGACAUCUGGUGGAGAAACCAAACGUCCUCUCUUUCCUCAAUCACAGCGCCUAGGCACGUUCCCAUUUCGGACCUCUCUCUCAACAUGUCGUAUCGUAUUGAGGUGUCUAAGAAUAACCGUGCUGGCUGCACAGACACGCUCUGCAAAGCCCAAGGUGUCAAGAUUACGAAGGGCGAAAUCCGCCUCGGCUCUUGGGUCGAGGUGAACGACCAUGGUGGCUGGAAAUGGCGGCACUGGGGUUGCGUCUCUGGCCUCGUGAUCGAGAAUAUACGUGAUAAGAUUGCCAAGGGAGAGGAUGACUACGAUUUCGACGCCAUUGAUGGCUUUGACGAACUGGAAGAUCCCGAGAUUCAGGAAAAGGUCCGUCGCGUAGUGACGCAGGGCCAUAUUGACCCUGAAGAUUUCAACGGCGUAAGCGUGGACAAUUGAACGCCAGUGCAGCUGCGCCCGGCUUGCUAACCCGACCCAAGGACCCCGAGUUCAACAAGCUCGGCUCCCGAGGCAUUCGGGGCCGGAAGAAGAAGGUGGCUGAUAAUGAUGGCGACGAGGUAAGUAGCGCCAUGGUAAUGCCCCGGCCCGUUCUUGCUCUCGGUGGUCUAAUAUCAUUAAAGGAAGGCGCCGAAGCCGAAGCCGACGCC